CAUUUUCGCAGCGUAAUCAUGAGUGGUGGGUAUGAUUUUGCUCGUUGCAUUCGUCGGCUCUCACAUCAGUGUUGUUUUGGUCUCAUGACGUGCAAUCGCAAUUGGUAGAAGAAGAAGCUGAAGAAGCAUAAUCUUGGUGAUAGGAGGGGGGCCGAAUCUGGCGGAUCUGCAAUCGCGUGCUAUCCCGCACUCUUUCGAGUUUCAUCUUUGGUGCGGUGCACAAGGAGGGCAGCUGACACUGGGGUGAUCCCUCGGCUGCGACCCCAGUCUGUCUCACUUCGUCCGGCCGACAUCAGCCGAUGGACCCUGUGGCACUGAUCCUCGUAAUACUGUUACUGAUUGCAGGACUCAUGUCAUUCUUUUCUCGCAUCUUCGGCCAGAAAGAGGAACAACUAGAAACCACAGAGCCUCAAUUGCAGCAGCCCUCAACACCUUCUGAGCCAGAAGGAGUUGAGAUGGAGGGGAAAGAAAGCAGCGAGGCUCGGCCCAACUUCUUUGUCGGCGGCGACGAGAAUAAGGAUGAAGAAGAGGACAUGCAGGAGCUCGCCGAGUUGCAGAGACAGGACUCUUUUGUCGACUCAGUUACCUACGGUAACACCUUCGGCACCAAUGAGCGCAGGAAGAGACUCAGGCCUAGCAUGUCCCAAGGGACAGUGCUCAAGGCGAAAAUGCUGGAAAAGGACUUCAUUGUGGCAACUCCUGAGGAAUUUGUCAAGAAAUUCGGAGGCACAAGAGUCAUCAAUAAGGUUCUGAUUGCCAACAAUGGAAUCGCCGCCGUCAAGUGCAUGCGGUCCAUCCGAAGAUGGUCGUACGAGAUGUUCAGGCACGAGAGGGCCAUCAGGUUUGUCGUCAUGGUAACACCAGAGGAUUUGAAAGCUAAUGCUGAGUACAUCAAGAUGGCAGAUCAUUAUGUGGCUGUACCUGGAGGGACUAACAACAAUAAUUACGCCAAUGUAGAAUUGAUUAUUGACAUUGCACUGCGAUCGCAAGUUCAGGCUGUUUGGGCUGGUUGGGGGCAUGCUUCAGAAAACCCAAAACUGCCGGAAUUGCUUCAUAAGAACAAUAUUGCAUUUAUUGGACCCCCAGAGAAAGCUAUGUGGGCAUUGGGAGACAAAAUCGCUUCAAGUAUUGUAGCUCAAACUGCGGAAAUUCCAACACUGCCAUGGUCCGGUUCAGAACUCAUUGCUCAAUACAGCGGAAAGAAAAUCAAGAUAUCCACUGAGUUGUACAAAAAGGGUUGCAUUACCACUGCUGAGGAAGGAUUGACUGCAGCUCAGAAGAUUGGAUUUCCUGUCAUGAUCAAAGCCAGUGAGGGAGGCGGUGGCAAGGGUAUCAGGAAAGCUGAAAGUGUUGAUGAGUUCCCAAACCUAUUCAGACAGGUGCAACAAGAGGUGCCAGGCUCUCCAAUUUUUGUGAUGAAGCUAGCAAAGUGUGCGCGCCAUUUGGAGGUGCAACUUUUGGCUGAUCAGUAUGGCAAUGCCAUUUCCCUUUUUGGCCGUGACUGCUCUAUCCAGAGACGUCACCAAAAAAUCAUUGAAGAGGCUCCUUGUGUAAUUGCCAUUGAAGAAGUGUUUGAACAAAUGGAGAAGGCAGCUGUACGUUUGGCAAAAAUGGUCGGCUACGUGAGUGCAGGCACUGUGGAGUACCUGUAUGAUACGGAUGGAAACUUUUUCUUCCUUGAGCUCAAUCCGAGGCUCCAAGUGGAACAUCCUUGCACUGAAAUGGUAGCUGACGUUAACUUGCCGGCUGCCCAGCUGCAGGUUGCUAUGGGCCUGCCUUUGCACCGCAUCAAAGAUAUCAGGAUGCUGUACAGCGAGCCUCCAUGGACAGACACUGAGAUUGAUUUUGACAACCCAAGGCACAAGCCACAACCUGUCGGACACGUCAUUGCUGCUCGCAUCACCAGUGAAAAUCCCGAUGAAGGUUUCAAGCCCAGCUCUGGAACAGUUCAAGAGUUAAAUUUCCGCUCAUCCAAGAAUGUUUGGGGGUACUUCAGUGUGGCAGCUGCUGGCGGUUUGCACGAAUUUGCUGACUCACAAUUUGGCCAUUGUUUCUCGUGGGGAGAAGACAGAGAACAGGCUAGAGAAAACCUUGUCAUUGCCCUCAAGGAGCUGUCUAUCAGAGGCGAUUUCCGCACAACUGUUGAGUACUUGAUAACUCUUCUAGAAACCGAGAGUUUCCAAUCCAAUGUGAUCAACACCCAGUGGCUGGACAAGCUUAUUUCUGAGCGAGUGAAAGCUGAAAAGCCAGACAUUCUUCUUGGUGUUAUUUGCGGAGCGCUGCAAAUUGCAGACAAAAAUAUCGAGUCAUCUUUCCAAAAUUUCAAGACGUCUCUAGAAAAAGGACAAAUCCAGGGAUCCAAUACUCUUGAAAACAGCAUGACUGUUGAGCUAAUUAAUGAAGAAUUCAAGUACAUUGUGCAGGUCACUCGGUCUGGUCCAGAAUCUUAUUUUCUCAUCAUGAAUGGCUCAUUCAAGGAAGUUGACUAUCACAGAAUGGCUGAUGGAGCUCUCCUGUUAUCUAUCGACGGAGCCAGUUACCUGACAUAUAUGAAGGAAGAGGUGGACCGCUGGCGCAUUGUCAUUGGCAACCAGACCUGUGUGUUUGAGAAAGAAAACGAUCCCUCACUUCUGCGAUCACCAUCCGCUGGCAAACUGGUCAACUGGCUCAUUGAGGACGGAGGACAUGUCCAAAGUGGCCAGGAGUACGCAACAAUCGAAGUGAUGAAAAUGAUGCUGAACGUCGCCGCCCCAGAGAGUGGAAACAUCUUCCAACAGAAACGACCUGGCGCGGUGCUGGACGCAGGCGCACUUAUUGCCCGGCUUGAGCUUGAUGACCCCAGCCUGGUGACCAGGGCUCAAAAGUACGAGGGGCCUCUGAUGGAUGCGCAAAUUGGUGUGGCGUACAAUGACAAGCUCAACUAUAUCCACAACAGCUACAGGCAAAAGCUGGAAAAUACUCUUGCCGGAUAUUGCUUGCCUGACCCUUACCAUGUGCAGCGAUGCAAAGAAAUCAUUGAGAAGUUCAUGAGCUCUCUCAGGGACCCCAACCUCCCUCUACUUGAACUGCAGGAAGUGAUUUCAUCCAUCUCUGGUCGCAUUCCACCGUCAGUGGAAAAGAAAAUCCGCAAAUUGAUGUCUCAGUACCAAAGCAACAUCACCUCUGUUCUUGCUCAAUUCCCAAGUCAGCAAAUUGCAGGCGUAAUUGACUCCCACGCAGCCACUCUGCAGAAAAGAGCUGACCGCGACGUGUUCUUCCUCACAACUCAGGGCAUUGUGCAGCUAGUGCAGCGUUAUAGAAACGGCAUUAGAGGUCGCAUGAAGACUGCUGUUCACGAGCUUCUGCGACAAUAUUACGAAGUUGAAAGCCAGUUCCAGCUUGGUCAUUACGACAAAUGUGUGUCUGCCAUAAGAGAAAAGCACAAGGAUGACAUGGCAGCAGUGACAAGCACAAUUUUCUCGCACACACAGGUUGCGAAGAAAAACGUGCUUGUGACUAUGUUGAUCGACCACUUGUGGGCAAACGAGCCUGGUCUCACCGAUGAACUCGCCUCCACUCUCAGCGAACUGACCUCUCUUAACCGCUCUGAGCACUCUAGGGUGGCUCUCAGGGCCAGACAAGUGCUGAUCGCAGCUCACCAGCCUGCCUACGAACUUCGACAUAACCAGAUGGAGUCGAUUUUCCUCUCAGCAAUCGACAUGUAUGGCCACGAGUUCCAUCCGGAAAAUUUACAGAAACUGAUUCUCUCUGAGACGUCAAUCUUUGAUAUUCUGCACGACUUCUUCUACCACACGAACAAAGCUGUUUGCAUGGCUUCUCUUGAGGUGUACCUGAGGAGGGCAUACAUUUCGUAUGACCUGACACGAUUGGAACAUUUGGAACUUUCUGGCGAAAUUUGUUGCAUCCACUUCCAAUUCCUGCUGCCCACCUCUCACCCCAACCGCAUUCCUCACAAUCGAAACGGUGGACCAGAUGAAGUUGUUGAUGCCACCUAUGAUCUGGAAAAUUGCCAGCGCACGGGGGUAAUGGCAGCGUUUACCACCUAUGAGGAAUUUGAGAAGUACUCAGAAGAAUUAAUUGAUGUGUUGGACGAUAUGGCCAAUGGUCGCUGUGUCUCGCCUGGUGACAUGGAAGCUGUGGAAGGCAGCGAAGGCCGCCUCUCGACCUCAAUCAACAUCAGCACAUCUCAUGGAGAGCAUGCUGUUGAGCAGAUCAAUAAGAGGGUUGAACCAUUUUACAUCUUGAACGUCGCCGUCAAGCAAUCGUCAAACGAUAUAGAUGACAACACCAUGGCCAAAAAAUUAGCCGCAUUUUGCGCAAAUCACGCUGAUGAUCUGGCAGAGCGGAGCAUCAGGAGAGUCACGUUCUUGGUGCUGGACCGCCAAAAGUUCCCAAAGUUCUUCACCUUCAGGCAUCGCGAUGGAUACAGGGAGGACAGAAUUUACAGGCACUUAGAGCCAGCUCUUGCAUUCCAAUUGGAGUUGAAUAGAAUGAAGAAUUAUAAUUUGGAAGCUUUACCUACGGCCAAUCAGAAAAUGCACCUCUAUCUGGGAAAAGCAAAGGUCGCGGAAGGUCAAGAGGUGACAGACUUCCGUUUCUUCAUCCGCUCAAUCAUCAGGCACUCUGAUUUAAUUACCAAAGAAGCUUCCUUUGAGUACCUCCAAAAUGAGGGCGAACGAGUUAUCCUUGAAGCCAUGGAUGAGCUGGAAGUUGCGUUUUCGCAUCCGGACAGCAGACGAACUGACUGCAACCACAUUUUCCUCAACUUUGUACCAUCUGUUAUCAUGGAUCCAGCCAAGAUUGAAGAAUGCGUUACAAACAUGGUGCUUCGGUAUGGUCCACGCCUUUGGAAGCUGAGAGUGUUGCAGGCAGAACUGAGAAUGGCCAUCAGGACCUCGCCUGGGGCGAAACUAACAAACAUCAGACUCUGCUUGGCCAAUGACUCUGGCUAUUAUCUUGAUAUUAACCUCUACAAAGAAGUCACUGAUCCCAAAUCUGGAGUGAUCAAGUUUGAGUCUUAUGGCUCUCGACAAGGAGUUCUGCAUGGGCUGCCUAUUUCCACACCAUAUGUGACCAAGGAUUACCUCCAACAAAAGAGAUUCCAGGCACAAGUUGCAGGAACUACUUACGUUUACGAUUACCCUGACAUGUUCAGGCAAAACACAGAAAAACUCUGGAAGGAGUUUAUUGAGGGCAGACCAGGAGAGGACUUGCAGAUUCCUUCUCAAGUCAUUGACUGCGUCGAGUUGGUGCUGGAGUCUGAUGGUGUUCUUGUAGAACAAAAGCGUCUCCCUGGAGAGAACAAUGCUGGAAUGGUCGCUUGGAGGAUCACCCUGUACACGCCAGAAUAUCCCACAGGACGUGACAUAAUUGUCAUUGCUAACGACAUCACAUUCAGAGUGGGCUCGUUUGGACCAGAUGAAGAUCUGGUCUUUUUGAAAGCAUCGGAACUUUCCAGAAAGCUGAAAAUACCAAGAAUCUACCUGUCGGCAAACAGCGGUGCCAGAAUCGGACUUGCUGACGAGUUGAAGCCAUUGUUCAAAGUUGCUUGGGAGGAUCCAGAUGAACCUGACAAGGGCUUCAAGUAUCUGUACUUGACCCCAGAGGACUUCAAAAAAGUUUCCGCAAUGAACUCUGUGCACGCUAUUUUGAUUGAUGAUGAAGGUGAAGCCAGAUACAAAAUUACAGACAUCAUUGGUAAGGAAGAUGGUCUUGGCGUUGAGAACCUGCGUUACGCUGGCAUGAUUGCUGGAGAAACGUCUCAAGCGUACCAAGAUAUUGUCACCAUUUCCAUGGUAACCUGCAGAGCUAUUGGUAUUGGCUCCUAUCUUGUUCGUCUUGGACAGCGAGUCAUCCAGCUGGACAACUCCCACAUCAUCCUGACUGGCUAUGCUGCUCUUAACAAACUCCUUGGAAGGGAAGUCUAUGCAUCUAACAACCAGCUGGGUGGAGUUCAAAUCAUGUACAAUAAUGGUGUGUCUCACACUACUGCCAAGGGUGACUUGGAAGGCGUGUACACCAUCCUCCAGUGGCUCUCAUACAUUCCAAACCGCAAAGGUGGUCCCUUGCCCAUUAUUACCCCUGUUGACCCCAUUGAGAGAGAUGUGACUUACAUGCCCACUAAGGCACCCUAUGAUCCUAGAUGGAUGUUGGCUGGCCGACCUAGUCCAACCAACGCAAAUGCCUGGGAGAGCGGAUUCUUUGACGCUGGCUCAUUCCAGGAAAUCUUGCAGCCUUGGGCUCAGACUGUUGUUUGUGGCAGGGCCAGGCUGGGAGGCAUUCCAGUAGGAGUAAUUGCUGUGGAAACUAGGACGGUAGAGCUCAACUUGCCUGCUGACCCUGCUAAUUUAGAUUCUGAAGCCAAGACCAUCUCGCAAGCUGGUCAAGUGUGGUUCCCUGACUCGGCGUACAAAACAGCGCAGGCCAUUCAAGACUUCGGCCGCGAGGACUUGCCCCUGUUUAUUUUCGCCAAUUGGCGUGGCUUCUCUGGCGGCAUGAAAGACAUGUACGAGCAGGUAGUCAAAUUUGGCGCCUACAUCGUGGACGGCCUUCACCAGUACAAGCAGCCCAUCAUUGUCUACAUUCCACCAAACGGGGAGCUGCGAGGUGGCGCCUGGGCCGUCGUCGACCCCUCCAUAAACCCGCGUCACAUGGAAAUGUACGCCGACCCCGAGAGCAGAGGAGGCGUGCUCGAGCCUGAGGGCAUUGUGGAAAUCAGGUUCAGGGCGAAGGACCUGAUCAAGGUGAUGCGCAGGCUCGACCCGACCCUGAUCAAGCUCAUCGAGCAGCAGAACAGCACCAGCGACCCUUCGGUUGCAACUAAGAUUUCGGAGCGGGAAAAGUUCUUGCUGCCCAUGUACCACCAAGUGGCGGUCCACUUUGCCGACCUGCAUGACUUGCCCGAGAGGAUGCUGGAGAAGGGAGUUAUCCAAGACAUUGUCCCUUGGAGAUCUUCGAGGAAGAUUCUCUACUGGCGGAUGCGGCGGUUGCUCUUGGAGGAGCAAGUCAAAACUCAGCUCGAGACGGUGCAACCUGAACUCGGCCCUGGCCAGACUGAAGCCAUGCUACGGAGGUGGUUCGUCGAAGAUAGAGGUCAAACUCAGGUUCACCUUUGGGACAACAACGAGGAGAUAGUUCAAUGGCUCUUGAAGCAGCUUGACGAGCAGUUCCGCAGUACAUCCAUUGUCCAAGAAAACAUUCGUUGCGUCCACAGGGACGCCGUUGUGCGCAGAGUCACUGCGGCUUUGAACGAGUGCCCCGAAAUUGCGCUUGACGCAAUGGUUCAAAUUGCACAACGAAUGAGCCCUCAUCAAAUAGCGGAGGCGAUCCGCACCCUGGCUCACCUAAACCCUGAGCUGGCUCAGGGAACAACUCCCUCAACCCUGCAAACACCGACUAUAGAGUCUGAAGACAAAUGACAUGCACGAGUCUCGUAGAAUGGAGUUUUUAGUUGUUUAUAUACAAAAUUAUCUAAAUUUUCAAAUAUUUGGGAUACUUAAGUCAUUAAUGGAUGAAUAGAGACCAUUCGCACAUUGUGCACACUUUGUUUAAUUUGUUUUUACUUGUGUAUUGGUAUAUUUUCUGUGGAUUCGGAAUUCUCAGCCAGUUUGUUAUGUGAUAUGAUUAUUUUAUACUGACAGGACCAAAUACACUAUUCGAAUAAAACUUUUGUAGCACAGUGACAUCUUCAUUUGUUGAUUUUCGUUGGUCACAAGUUAUCUUUUUACGACUUUUAAGCUCUUAAAUCAAUUGUUAAGGAUAUAUGUCAUCUUGGUUAAAUACAAGUUUUUUCUAGAA